AUGGAUUAUCCCGUGGAAUGUGGCAUGCAGUGCAUCCAACAGAACAAUGACUGCGGUCGUGAGAACGCUGCCAAGAUUUCUGCCGUUGCCAUGUCCGCCUUCAGUAUGGCCACCUUUGGCGUGUUCGGCCAGUUGGCCAAGUACGGAAAGCACGUUAGCUGGGCUGUCAGAUGCGCCAACUACAUGAUGGUCUUUGUGAGAGCUGUCGUGCGUUUCACCCGCAACCAAAUGGUUUUGGAGCCGCAGACAUCACAAGCAAAACUUCUACUACUGCUGUACCAGACCAACUAUGUCGUUAGUGAUCUUCCAGCUACGAUUUACGCGUGCUCGGGCAGAAAAGUUCCGGCUGGUCUCCAGCUAACACGUCGGCUUAUCCGCACCGCUCAGUUGGUUCUACAGCUGGUGAUCACCUACGAUGAUGAAAUUAUCGAAAGUUGGGAGAAGUUCAAGGCUUUCAUGAUGAAGGCCAACUUCACAGAAGCCGCAGAACAAAUUACGGAGGGAGAGAUCUCAAGUCUGGUAACGGCUAUGAAGCAGAACUCCACAUGUGGAGACGACCUCAAGACGUUGACCAACCAGGUCUGGAUGACGGUGGACGAGUACAGACAGAAGGAUCCCAAGAUCAGCGAGUCCGAGCUACGUCUAAAGCUGAGCGAAUCGGAUCUUCUGUUAUACGAUAUCCCGACGGUGACCAACAACUGUAUGACCAAAAUGAUCUCCGAGUCUACGGUGGCCACCGCCUACAAGACACGCAAUACGCUCCGCAAGACCUACUCUGUAAUGAUCAACGAUCUCAUCAAGUCCGGCAAGAGCGACAACGGUUCAUCCAUGGCCGCGAAGCACGCUGCGUAUGUGUGGAUCGACAAUGCUUUCACGUUACUUUCAUAUGGUUGGGAACCCACUGAUUUGUCGACACUAUUUGGAGAAUACCUCCAGACCAUUUGCGGUCCUACCCAGUUCAUGGGUGAAAUCGAUGACGGCAACGAACUCGCCACUCUGGGAAUGAGUGCGCUUCACAAGGCCUUCAAGAACAGUACGCUGUCUUGGACCAAGAAAGGUGACGGCGCUGUUAUUAUUAACUUUAAGAGUAAGGAUACCAAGGACGUGACGGUUAAUAUCAAGUCCGGUGGUGACAAAAUCGACGAAGUCAAGCUCAAGGCUGGGGGGACCGCCCAGUGGAGAUCAAAUAUUACAGCGCUUGGUGGCAAAACGCUGUAUCUAGACCGCUGGCGUCCGGGAUUUCUCGGUCUCCCUGGCUCGGGCGGCGGUUCCCUGGUGUUAUGGGUACCCAUUUCGCGCCAGGGCGGCCAUUUGGAGCUCAAUGCUCAGCUCAAUGUGAGCUAG